AUGCAGUCACUCCGCCGAACCGCAGUGGCUGCCGCCCGCACGCCCCGAACCCACCUCUCACGCCAAUCGCGCCGCCAUGCGCACGACGACCACGCCCACGGGCACGCCCACGCAUCCGCCGAAGAACCCAUGGGUAAGGGUUUCUACGGCACGAUAGCGUUGGUCCCCGCCGGCUGGGCGCUUUACAGCGUGUCGCGCAAGAGCGAGGAUGGCGAGCCGUACUUUACGCGGAUGAUGAAUAAGGUGACGGAGGGCUGGAAUAGCCAGUGGACUGCGCAGAACGAUUUGCAUGUCCGGAUGCUGGAGCAGGCGGGUGAGGAUCGGGUGUUGUUUCAGAACACACAGCCUGUGCAGCAUGUGGAGAUGAAGUUUCCUGAGAUCAUGAACAACGGAUCGCCAUACAAUGUCCCCGCCGGCAGCCAGGUCGACAUGCAGCAAGUGAUUGACAAGUACAAGAAGAUUGCCCGCGAGGACAAUGAGCGCAAACUUGAGGCGCUGAGGGAGAACAAGAUCAAGUCUGAGCAGCCGUUUGAUGCUAGCAAGUUGAGGGCGAAGAAAGCCCCGGAUAUGUUCUAG